AUGCUCAGUUCCAUCCCCGGAGAGCUUGGAGGCCUCGGAAAGGUGCAAAUUCUUCGACUCGACGGCAACCAGCUGACCGGGACUAUACCCGAGGCGCUUGGAGCUCUCAGCGAGCUGAAGGAGCUUCUGAUGCACCACAACAAGCUCACUGGGUCCAUCCCUGGAGUGCUUCGAGGUCUCGGCAAGUUGGAACAGCUUUGGCUCAACGGCAACCAGCUCUCAGGUUCCAUCCCCGGAGAGCUUGGAGGCCUCGGAAAGGUGCAAAUUCUUCGACUCGACGGCAACCAGCUGACCGGGACUAUACCCGAGGCGCUUGGAGCUCUCAGCGAGCUGAAGAACCUUUACAUGAACGACAACAAGCUCACUGGGUCCAUACCAGGAGUGCUUGGAGGUCUCGGCAAGUUGGAAGAGCUUUGGGUCAACGGCAACCAGCUCUCAGGUUCCAUCCCCGGAGAGCUUGGAGGCCUCGGAAAGGUGCAAACUCUUCGACUCGACGGCAACCAGCUGACCGGGUCCAUCCCCGGAGUACUUGGAGCUCUCGGCAAGUUGGAAGGGCUUGGGCUCAGCGGCAACGCACUUUCUGGACCCAUUCCCAAGGCGCUUGGAGCUCUCAGCAAGCUGGAGAUCCUUGUCAUCAACGACAACAAGCUCACUGGUUCCAUCCCUCACGAGUUUGGAGCUCUGCGCAACUUGAAGACGCUUAAGAUCGACAGCAACAGCCUGACCGGAGGGCCAACGAGGGGCGAGAGUCUUGAUUCGUGGAGGGCAAGACUGCGGCAGCAGGAGCAGGCAACUGAACGCGAACACCCAACAGCGGAGAACCCCGCCGUACGCACCAGUUCCUCGACACAAGGCGACAAGCCUGGGAAUCCAGAUGGAGCCACCACUGAACCCAUAUCUGGUUCGUCACGGGAGGCAGAUAUGGACCACAUGACUCAGGUUCAGAUUUAA